AUGCGGAUAGGAAUUGAUGAUCCCAUGUUUACAGAUAUCGCCAAAUUAAAUAAAAGGAUUUUCUUUUUGAAAAGAGUAUUAUUUCCUAAAGCGUGUUGCAUGUACAAAUUGCAAUACAAGGUGUAG